UAGCUGGUCCAGUAAGCAUGAACCAUGCUUUUCAUCGAGUGUGUGUUAUAUAAGUGGCUUUAUAUGUUUGAUCGAUCAUUCAUGUAUAAAAACACACAUCAUCUAUCUUUAGUAAUCCUCUGAAGCGAAUCGAUCAUAUCCAUGGCUUUACCUCCUCUUUUGGUAGAAGAUCGUCAAGUUCCGCUUGAUGCUACCUCCGAUCUACCUGCUUUAUUCGACGGAACCACGAGGUUGUACAUAAGCUAUACCUGCCCAUUCGCACAACGUGUUUGGAUUACCAGAAACCUCAAGGGUCUGCAAGAGAAGAUCAAAUUGGUUCCUAUAGACCUUCCUAAUAGACCAGCUUGGUUCAAGGAGAAAGUAAACCCUGCAAACAAGGUGCCUGCUCUUGAACACAAUGGCAAAAUCAUGGGGGAGAGUCUAGAUUUAAUCAAAUAUGUGGAUAGUAAUUUCGAGGGACAUUCACUUUACCCCCUGGAUCCUGAAAAGAGAGACUUUGGUGAAGACAUGUUGAAAUAUGUUGAUACAACAUUCAUUAAAGUUGUGUUUGACUCUUUCAAAGGUGAUCCGGCUAAAGAUACGGCAUCUGUCUUCGAUCACUUGGAAAAUGCUUUACAAAAGUUUGAGGAUGGUCCAUUCUUCCUCGGCGACCUUAGCUUGGUUGAUGUCGCAUAUAUUCCAUUCGUCCAACGAUUUCAAGUCUUCCUCGGCGAAGUUUUCAAGUACGAUAUUGCUGCUGGACGUCCAAAACUAGCUGCUUGGAUUGAGGAAAUGGAUAAGAUGGUUGCAUAUACGCAGACCAAAACCGACUCGGAAUAUGUCAUUAAUUAUUUCAAGAAGUUCAUGUAAAAUUGUAUACCGAGUCAUCGCGCGGCCAUGUUGGCUUAUGAAGAAGAUCGUGUGUGAACGUUACUAUGUACGUGUGUGUGCUACAAGUGUCUGGAUUUCAACCAUUUCGCAUCGUUCUUAAUAAAUGUUAUGUGGAGCAUAUCAUUUAAAAAAAUGUUAUGUGGAACUUUUGUAUACAAUGUGUGUAUCAGUGUAUGCAAGUCUCAAUGUAUAGACAUUUUAUUUUUCAAAAUCCGAAUUGGUUCCAAUACC